CCGAGCGAGAGCAAAGCCGGAGAGCGGAAGUGUUCAUGUGUUGUCAACGAGAGGCCCGCAUGUGUUCAGUCGGCGGUCAGUGGGAUGCGUGAAGGCAAGGAUCGCCUCUGUCCAGAAAGCUCGCUGUCGGAGAGAUGACUGCCCAGGAGGUGCGUCUGUGUGGUCUCCUGCUGCAGGAGCACUUUGGAGAAGUUGUGGCGAAAGUGGGAACACACCUGCUCAAAAGUGGAGCACAGAAUUUAAGAACCAUCAUUCAUGAGACCGGGAUCUCACUGGACCUGGUGAAGAAGUCCUUGUGUGUGCUUGUGCAGCAUGGGACCUGUGUGUUCAGCUCAGGUCGUAAAGCACCCGGGAGCCCCACCGAGUAUCGGACCAGCUGUGAUCGGAUUCUGAGAAUUCUGCGAUACCCACGCUACAUAUACACCGCCAAAACCCUGUACGGUGACACCGGAGAGCUCAUCAUAGAGGAGUUACUACAGAGAGGUGACAUGACCAUGAGUAGCACGGUUAAGACAGUCGCCGACCGCCUCACGCAGAACAUGGAGGAGGGGCGCAGCAUGGAUUACAGUGAAGUGUCUUCUGCCUUCUCCAAACUGGUGGAGACCCAUUUUCUUCAACGCUGCCCUCCAAUGGCAGGGGCAGGAACAAAAGACAGUGGCACUCCAGCUACCCCUGCAACCCCUGCUAUCCCUGGUACUCCCGCUGCCCCCGUUAGCACCGCCCCGCCCACACCAGAGAGCUUCCCCGACUGUUACAGGGUACCUCACGUGACACUCAUAGGGAGAGGCAAACGGCGACUCUCCAAUGAGGAUGGAGAGGACCAAAGGAAUGCAAAGAAGACUAAAAUGGAUUCAGAGACACAUGGUGAUGAGGGGAUUUACUGGCAGGUGAAUUUUGAGAGGUUCCAUCUCCACUUCAGAGACCAGGCCAUCAUCAGUGCUGUAGCCAACAAACUGGACCAGACUAGCAGUGAGAUAGUGAGGACGAUGCUGAGGAUGAGUGAGGUGACGACCUCGCCCACAGCCACCUGCACGAAGCCCCUCUCAGCCAAUGAGAUCUUCAGAUCCCUCCCAAGUAGUUACAACAUCCCCAGACCCAUCUUAGACCAGUACCUCACGCUGCUAGUUGAUGACCCGAUGGAGUUUGUGGGGAAGGCUGGUGAAAGCGGAGGAGGGAUGUACGUCGUCAAUCUCCACAAAGCGCUGGCCAAUCUAGCUCGGGCCACACUUGAGUCUGUAGUACAGGAGAGAUUUGGCUCCAGAUCAGCGCGCAUCUUCCGUCUGUUGCUAAGGAAACGUCAUCUGGAGCAGAAGCAGGUGGAGGAUUUUGCCAUGAUACCAGCCAAAGAGGCUAAAGAUAUGCUCUACACGCUGCUUUCACAGAACCUGGUGCAGCUGCAGGAAAUCCCAAAGACUCCUGACUAUGCUCCCUCUCGUACCUUCUAUCUUUACACCGUCAACCAACUCCCAACUGCAAGAAUGCUGCUUCAGAACUGCUACAAGACAGUGGCCAACCUUAUAGAGCGACGCCUGUUUGAGUCCAAAGAGAGCAAGCGUCUGCUGGAGAAAUCCCAGCGAAUCGAGGCCAUUCUGGCAUCUCUGCAGGCCAGCGGGGCCGAGCCUGAACAGCUGACGGAGGUCGAGGAGAUGAUUACCGCUCCUGAAAAGCAACAGCUGGAGGCCUUGCGCCUUCAUAUCAACAAGUUAGAUUCAGCAGAGAACCAGGUAGAUGAAACCAUCUUUCUACUAGAAUCGUAUGUCAACUCCACUGCCACAAGUUGAGAGCAGGUGUACAAGCAUGAGAACUCACUCAUAGUACUUGUGUAUGAAUGCUGUCAAAUAUGUUUUAGUUUAUAUAGCUGGAAUGUUUCAGUUUGGAUUGGAAUAAAUUCUAAAUAGAUAGUUUUUUUUCCUUGUUUUUAUUGCAUGCAUCAGCAAAUUAAUAAACUGAGUACAAGAAUACUUAUUUUCAACAGGUUUAAUUUCAUUAACACAAAACUGUAAGACAAACAUUGGACAAAGUGAUCAUUUGAAAUGUAAAACCAUGAAGAUGUCUGUAUAUUAAAUAGAAGAAUUGUGGUUUAAUA